AUGGAUGGGAUGAUUCAUAGGCUGCACUUGUUUAAUGAGGGAGACCAGGAGGUUAAGAAAGAACUGUACACUCGAGAUCGCCGGAGGAAAGUGAGAUUCAACUGCAACCAUGAUUUGUAUAAAUCACAAACUGCCAACUGGAGGGACACUUUGACUAUCUCUAUGCUGGCUUCUGAUAACUUCGAUCCGGAAAUACUACCUGUUUCAUGCAAAGAAACGACGACGGAGUACGCAAGGCAUGUUAUGAAGUUGGGAGACGCAUUGUUCGACUUGCUAUCUGAGGCUCUUGGGCUCGAGCCGGACCACCUAAGAGCCAUGGAGUGUGCCAAAGGAUGCACCCUGGUGUGCCACUACUACCCACCAUGCCCCGAGCCAGAGCUGACUCUGGGAGCCAGCACCCACUCCGACCCUUCCUUCCUCACCGUUCUCCUUCAAGACCAGAUUGGUGCCCUCCAAGUCAUACAUGAAGACCAAUGGGUUGAUGUCGAACGCAUCCCGAGAGGCUUAGUAGUAAAUAUAGCAGAUCUUCUACAAAUUUUAUCAAAUGACAAGUUCAAGAGCAUCCAGCACAGAGUGGUGGCCAAGAGGGCUGGACCGAGGAUAUCAGUAGCCUGCUUUUUCUCUGGACAUUUGACCGUACCUCCAAAGCCUUACGGGCCAAUCAAGGAGUUACUCUCAGAAGAAAGUCCCCCGAUGUACAGAGAGAUUAAUAUGUCGGCAGAUUUUUUGCUGGCGGGCUUGAAGAGAAGAACAAACUUCAUUGUUUCAAGACACGAAAGAUACAUCGAGAUCGCUCUCAAGGUAUACUUGAGUUGUCACAAAAGAGUUAUAUCAAAAGGGUACUUUGCUAGAUUUGACAUGAAAGAUUGUCACCUAGGAGAUACACCCACAACUAAGGGAGAAAGGUUCAGUCUCAGUCAUUGCCCCAAGACUGAGGUUGAAAAGAAGGAAAUGCAGAAGAUUCCUUUUGCAUCAGCUGUAGGGAGUCAUAUAUAUGCUCAGGUAGCCAAGAAGGUUAUGAGGUAUCUUCAAAGAACAAAAGACUACAUGCUCACCUAUAGGAAACUAGAUCAACUUGAGAUUAUUGGGUAUUCUGAUUUUGAUUUUGAUGGAUGGCAAGACAACAAGAGAUCCACUUCAGGCAAUAUCUAUCUGUUGGAUGGUUGUGCUAUUUCCUGA